AUGUCUGCAGAACCCGAACAACUGCGAAAAAUUUUUGUUGGUGGACUUAACCGUCGGACAAGCGAAGAGUCUUUGAAGGAAUAUUUUUCUCUAUGGGGAAAUAUCGUGGACUGUGUUAUUAUGCGAGAAGGGAAGAACGGACCUUCGCGUGGGUUCGGUUUUGUGACAUUCGACAGCUCUCAAGCGGUGGAUGAUUGUCUAAAAGUAAAGCGACACGAACUAGAUAAUUGGGAGAUCGAGCCUAAACGGUCGGUUCCUAGAGGAGAAGUUACUUCGCGAACGCGGAAGAUUUUUGUGGGUGGACUGGCGAGCACCGCCACGGAAAGUGAUGUCGAAGAAUACUUCGGCAAGCUUUGCGCCAAGUUUGGUGUAGGGAAGGUUCUCGACGUUGACCUAAAGAGGGAUAAAGAAAACCCCAACCGACUCCGAGGCUUUGCUUUCGUUACAUUUGACUCCGAAGAGGUCGUGGAUAAAAUUUGCUCGAUUACCAUGCAUCAGAUCAAGAUGAAGCAGUGUGAGGUGAAAAGAGCUGAAUCGCAAGCAGCUAUGAGAAAGAAAGAAGAAGAAGAGUUCAGGGUCAGUGGCCGGUCUCGUGAGUCGCGAUCAUCGCUGGACACACCCAGCUUUGGAGGUAGGAAAGUUCCUUCCCCCCCACCCCCGUUCCUUCAUUACCCUAGCAUGUUCCUGAUGGAGUCAGUUUGACAACUUCCACCCUCAUUACUUCCGGCUAAUGUUAUGCAAUGGUACUGGAAUUUCCGUCACUCGUGUCCCCAAAUACCCUUUUACUCGGGCAUUCUUUGUUGAACAUUCAGUUGCAAAUCAUACUUGCAAACUAGCAGUGGCUUAUUGCAGAAUACCCANCCCCCCCCCCCCCCCCGCUCCUGCCGCCCCUUCAUUACCCUAGCAUGUUCCUGAUGGAGUCAGUUUGACGACUUCCACCCUUAUUACUUCCGGCUAAUGCUAUGCAAUGGUACUGGAAUUUCCGUCACGCGUGUCCUCAAAUACCCUUUUACUCAGACAUUCUUUGUUGAACAUUUAGUUGCAAAUCAUGUUUGCAAACUAGCAGUGGCUAAAUUGCAGAAUACGCAGCUCACUAAAUAUCUAACUUAGAAAACCGCUCCCACAGUCCUGCAGUCGUCCGAUUAAUUGCAUAUUAAAUUCUAACAUCAAAUGUGAAAGUGCAGGACUGCGGGAGCACCAGUAUACCUUGUUCUAUAAACUCACUAGUUACUUGACCUCCACUGUGGGAGUACAGGACUGUGGGAGCACUAGCUGUAUGCAUCAUUCUUUGAACACACUAGUUACUUGACAUCAACUGGGGGAGUGCGGGACUGCAGCAGGAGCACUUCAUUUUACUCACUUAGAUUGAAGUAUUCGGCAUAAUAGAACACGACUACAGGAGCAGUUUUUCAAGUAAGACAUUAGUGGGCCAGGUAUUCUGCAAUCGCUCCCAGGUAGUGAUCUCCAUGGUGAUAUUUGGGCUAUGAUACAGCCACCUCUUCUCACUCCCUGCAUGCUGCUGGGGACAUUUCACAAGCAGUAGAGUGUGAUGAGAGGCAGCAAUAUUGCAGGCUAGCUGAUAUUUGUCCACGUAAAAUUGGCAUUACAGCUGCAGCAUUGUAGCGAUCAUCCAUUUAUUGAUGAACCAAUUAGAUCAGGAAUAGGGUAGACAAAGAACUACUUUGUGGAUGUGGUACCUCCAAAUCAUUAUUAUUAUUAUUUUGCUUGAGUUUGAGACUGUAUCCUAGCAUCAUGCAGCGCGCACUCAACAAAGAUUUUACUUGAUUCAUGCAGAGUCUUUCUCAAGUACGCCAAAAUCGAGCAAAAUGAAAGAAAAGCUCCGCUGGCUGGUUGUAAUGGUGCAAGAAAUGUUAGAUGGGGCAGCCAAAACAAAGCCUCCAUAAUUCCUGGAGAUAUGUUGCUGUAUGGACUCUAUAAUGGAAACAUUUUUAAUUUUUACAGGUUUUCCCAUGAACUGGGGUCUGGGUGCUGGAUUUGGUGGAAUGAAUCAAGGAUUUGGGAAUUCAGGUGGAAGAGGUGAGACUACUGUCAACUCUCUCUAAGACAAAAACCUUUAGGACCAGUACUAAGUGUUUGUCGUAUAGAGAUGUCCAUCUUCGUAUAGAGAUGUCCAUCUUAUAGAAAACCAAAUAAAGGGAGUAAAGAAAGGCAGGGACCAACUCUAGGUGUCUGUCUUAUAGAGGUGUCCAUCUCAUAGAGAGUCAAAUAAAGGGAGUAAAGAAAGGCUGGGAUCAAAUCUAGGUGUCCAUUUUACAAAGGUGUCCGUCUCAUAGAGGUGUCCAUUAAGAGAGAGUCAACUGUAUAUACAUGUGGAUGUACACUACUGAAACUUGUGUAAAGCACUGAUUGUGAACAAAUUUUAAAUUCUCCUUUGUUGUCAAUGACUUGAGUUAGAUGUAUGGUGGUCUACUGGUUAGUGUACUGGACUCUGUAUGAAAAGGUUUAGGUUCAAGCCCUGAUGUCUGGGUCACUGAGUUGUGUUGUUGGGCUAAGAUACUUACAUAUCACCUCACUUCUUCCGAGUGUAUUUAUAAGUGGUUAGUUUGACAAAAAUCUCGUGGCAGGUUCCAUUUCAUAGUGAUAAUCUUAAGGAGGAAAGAACAUCUGCAAAAGAGUUACAUUAUUUUAUUAAGAGUUGUUCUUAAUAAUAAAUGUUUCUUUCUUCUUUCAGGAAACUUUGGUGGUGGGGGAGGGAGUGGCAGUUUUGGAGGUGGAAGCAGCAUGGGUGGAGGUGGUGGCAACAGCAUGGGUAUGGGUAUGGGCGGCUUGGGUAUGGGUAUGGGUGGCUUCAACAGCCAAGCAGCCGCAGCAGCUCUUCUUAGUGGUGGAUUCAACCCUGCUGCCUUUGCUAGCUUUAACCCCGCGUCAGUGGGAAUGGGCUCUGGUUUUGGAUUCAGUGGCAUGGGCUUUGGUGGCUUUAAUCCAGGUUUCUUUGGUGGGUUUGGAGGCUUUGGCCCAGGUAGUUUUGGUGGAGGUGGAGCUGGUGGUGGCGUUGGCGGCUCUGUAGGUGGCAGUGGCUUUGCUUCACUUGGUGGAGGUGGUUAUGGUGGAGGAGGGCGCAGUCAUAGUAGUUCCAGUAGUUAUGAAAAAGAAAACUUUGGUGACAGUCCGUAUGGCAUGGCUGACCUGAAAGGAUCUUCUGUUGGUGACCGCAAUCCUACAGGUGGAAUGUCUGUUCCAGGCGGAAGCUCUGGUGGUGGGUACGACAGCAUGAGCAACCCUUUGGCUGCUGCAUAUGGCCAUGGAAAUUUUCCGGGUGGUUUUGGUGGUUUUCCUGGGGGUAUGGGUGACUGGAGUCAGUUUCCUGGGGGAGUUGGAGGUGGUAGUUUAGGGGCUGGGGCUGGGGGAGCAUCAGCUGAUUACCAGAUAGGGAACUACAGUCAGGUGAAUUCCAGUUAUGGUCCAACGAGUCGCAUCAAUAAUCGUGGUGCCAGUGGAGUUGACAAAAAUAAUCGAGGUUACAGACCUUAUUGA